AUGGAUAUCAAAAGUUACUUUACUAAGCAGGGUUCGAAGAAAUACUCAACACCAAAUACUAGCGUCCUCAGUUCCAUUAGGAAAGAGAUACAACAAGAAAGUCCCAGUAGAUCAAAACCCAACAAAAAAAGAUCCGAUCGAUUGAACACAACAAGUGUACGUAAUGUAAAUGUUGACGAUGUUGUAUUAGAACUUGACUCUGACGGGGAAUCACCUAUACCUUCCUCUUUGAGAAAAUCUAUGGCUCCCAAGCGACCUAACUCUUCCACAGGUUCGGGAGAACGACCGAAGAAAGCGAAGACGAUAAGUGAACCAGAGCUUAAGAAGGAAAAAAUUGAGAAAACUAUUGCUCGUUCGCCUCAUAAGAAAGAAGUGUUAAAGGAGCACAAGAAAGAAAAUUCUUCUGAUGUGCGCAAACUUGCCAAGGAAGAUGUAACAAAAAGGGGUGAAAAACAGAAAGUUUCAACGGAAACCAGAAAGGAUGUUGUAAGAGAAUCCUCCAAGAGUGAAACGAAAAAGGUUGAUUCUGCAGUUGAUGUUCCUUGGGUCGACAAGUAUCGUCCUAAAUCGUUGGCUCAGCUUGUUGGCCAACAUGGUGAAAAAAGUCCAUUGAAUAAGUUACUGCACUGGCUGAAAGAAUGGCCCAAACACAACCUAGGAGAGGGUGCUAAAAUAAAAAAACCCAAACCUAGUCCUUUCGCUACUCAAACUGAUGGCACACCAUUCAAAGCAGCACUACUAUCGGGAACUCCAGGAGUCGGUAAAACUUCUUCUGCUCAUUUGGCUUGUGAGAGUCUCGGUUUAAAGUUUGUUGAAAUGAAUGCAUCUGAUGUUCGUAACAAGAAACAUCUUGAGGCCCAGAUUGCUCAAUUAACUGGCUCUCAUCAAAUUGAAGAGUAUUUUGGAAAGAAGAACAGUGAUAUUCAUGCUGAAGAUAAUAAAGUUCAUCAUGUGCUGGUAAUGGAUGAAGUUGACGGUAUGAGUGGAAACGAGGAUCGUGCAGGAAUAGCGGAGUUGAUUCAAAUUAUCAAAGAUACCAAAAUUCCUAUCAUUUGCAUUUGUAACGACAGAUCCCAUCCUAAAAUCAGAUCUCUCUCUAACCAUUGCUUUGAUCUAAGGUUCCCUAAGCCGAGAGUUGAGCAGAUACGAAGCAGAAUUAUGACUAUUGCUUGUCAAGAAAAGAUAAAGGUCAGCAAGGAAGAAUUGGAUGAAAUUAUCGAGCUAUCCGGUCAUGAUGUUCGACAGACAAUCUAUAAUCUGCAAAUCAGAGGAUUGAGUAGUGGCAGUGAACUCCAAAAGAAGGAUUGCGCUAUAAAUACUUUCGAUGCUGCUAGAAGAUUACUGGAUUCUCGUGCUAGUUUAACUGAAAAACAGGAGAUGUUCUUUGUGGACUAUAAUAUCAUGCCAUUAUUCGUUCAUGAGAACUAUCCUAACAUGAAGAAUGAGAAACAUAAAAAUCUUGAUGCUAUAAGAGGAUUGAGAAAAGCAGCCGAACUUAUAUCAUAUGGUGACGUUGCCGAUAAAUGCCUCAGAACAACAGGAGCCUGGAAGUUAUUGAAUGAACAGUGUAUGCUUGGAUGUGCACUGCCCUCGAUUGCUGUGGGAGGUCAUCUCAAAGCCAUGAUUCAGUUCCCGGCAUGGCUUGGUAAAAACUCAACUGCCAACAAACGACAAAGAAUGAUGAGACAGUUAGCUUCUCAUGCUCAGUUAAAAGUAUCAGCCAAUACCCAAUCGCUCGUUACUGAUUAUGUACCUGUACUGCGAGAUCGAUUGACGAAACCAUUGUUAACAGAAGAGUCCAAUGGCGUACAAGCGGUUAUUGAUGUGAUGACAGAAUACGAUCUUAUAAAGGAUGAUUCCGAAGCUAUUGCGGAACUAGCAGUUUGGCCAGGAAGAACUGAUCCUGCUGCGAAAAUACAAUCUAAGGUCAAAUCAGCUUUAACAAGAGCUUUGAAUAAGAGUUCGAGAAUGCUCCCAUACGCUACUGAGGAUAUCACCAAAGGAAAGAAAAAGAAAGUUGCUGGAUCUACAGAGCUGGAAAUAGAUGAGGAAGGAAAUCUGGUUGAACGAGGUUUGGGAGAUGAAGAGGAUAAUGAUGAGGAAGAAACGGAAGAAGAGGAGAAAGCAGUAGCCAAGGUGAUCACAAACACAGGUAAAAGUGCACGAGGCAAAGCAACAACCCGAGGCAGAGGGGGCCGUGGUCGCGGCAAGUGA